ACACCAACCAAGGAAUGGACCUCCAGAAAGGAGCCUAGCAUCAUACGUAAUUUCAAUCUCGCAAGCUUUGUCCCAGCCAUGAGCGGCGACACUGCUGCUGAUGAUAUUGCUGACCACGACCUUGAUGACCCUGACGGCCUUGACGACCUCAACGAGUCACCCGUUGAUGCAGCCUCUCCAGAUACGCACGAUCGACAUGCUACGGCCCUCAACCAUUUCAUCGCACAUGGAUUCUCUACUGAGUUACAGGCUGGUAUCUGGGAAGCGAAUCAGAACCUCAUCAAUACCUAUAAGGGCGAAGUCAAAGACACUCCUAUGCUUAACAGAAAUGACCACUCGAAGCCGGUCUAG